UUCACUUCUGAGCGCCACGGGGCUGCCGCGCUCUUGUCGCGUAGAGCCCUAGUUCGCGAUCCCAAUAACUUUGUGCACUGGAAACUUUUCAAAGCGAUUCCGGACGGAUCCGAUGGCCGCGGAUCGCUUUCGUUUCGAAUUUCGAGUCGUGUCGUAAAGUAAAACGUGCGAGCGAUCAUUGUUGCGUGUUUAUACGAGUCAGUCGGUCUAUUUUUGAAUAUUCUCUAAACGCUUGACGGCGAAGUUUUCGAAACGCAGCCCGCCGGAGCCGGGUUAACGUCCGCUGUGUAUGCAGCACGCCUGCAUCACGUCUCUUGUGUUUUUGUUGAUGGAUUUUUGUUGUUAACCUCCAACAGUCGUAUCCGAGAAACGUUAUCUUUACAUUUGUGCGGGGCUUCUCCCAUGUAGUCUUUCACUCGGGCGGUGAUGGCUACGGAUGACCUUGAUUUAGUGGCUAUUUUUGUGAUUGGUGCUAGUGAGUGAUUGACAGCGAGAGUGCUUGUCGACGGCUAAAGCCAGUGUGAUUAGUGUUAUGCCAGUGGUGCCAGUGAUGUGACAGUCUAUGGAAGCGUCAGGGUAUACUCGGAAUGUUCACGAAGCACGGCAAGCCCGCUGAGCGGUGCCAUCAUCCUCACUCGCAUAGGGGCUGUAAGAAGAAAAAACCGGCUCCGCACACGCCCUGGAAGUACUUGAUGAAUUGCCCACUCGUUAGAAAAUGUUUUGGCCUACAGUUGCGGAGCAUAGAGGAGCCAGCGGGAGGCGCGGGCGGCGGCAUGCCCGCGCCUUCCUGCUAUGAUGCUGAAUGCGCGCGCACGGAAGCUUGGCUCGACGAGAACCAGGAGUUCGUGCAUGAUUAUUUCUUAAGGAAGGCGACGCGGCAAGUGGUGGAUGCGUGGUUAGUGUCGCACGCGACGCCGCCGAGCGCCGAGCUCGCGUCGCCGUCGCGCGCCGGUUCCGGCUCUGGAGCUACAACGCCUGUCAGAAAGAUCUCAGCGCACGAGUUUGAGCGCGGUGGUCUUCUGAAGCCGUUGGUGACGACGGUAGACGGCACACCCACCUUCCUAGGAGACCAGCCUCCUCACGCCACACCUUCGCGGCCGCAGCGGAGGUCGCGGCAUGAACUGAGACAGCUGGACGAAAAGGAACUUAUAUUUGAAUUAGUAAAGGACAUCUGCAACGAGCUAGAAGUAAGGGUGCUGUGUCACAAGAUCCUCCAAAACGUAUCAAUAUUAUUGGAUGCGGAUCGAGGGUCUUUGUUCCUGGUGCAAGGGGAGAGAGCAUCACCUAAUCCACAAAAUGGAAGGUGUUUGGUGUCGAAGUUGUUCGAUGUCUGUUCGAAGUCAACGCCCGAGCAGAUGGAACAGCUCGAAGAGAUUAGAAUACCGUGGGGUAGCGGAAUCGUCGGCUAUGUCGCCGAGAGUGGAGAGCCCGUCAACAUACCUGAUGCGUAUAAGGACGAAAGGUUUAACCACGACAUUGACCAACAGACGGGUUACAAAACGAGGUCACUUCUCUGCAUGCCCAUUAAGGACAUUAACGGAGAGGUCAUCGGCGUUGCUCAGGUUAUCAAUAAACAGAGUGACGGUCCCUUCACGGCCUACGAUGAGAAGGUCUUCUCAUCCUACCUUCAGUUCUGCGGCAUUGGCCUUCGGAAUGCACAGCUUUACGAGAGAUCCCAAUUGGAGGUGAAAAGAAACCAGGUCCUAUUGGACCUCGCCCGAAUGGUGUUUGAAGAACAGAGUACUAUUGAGCACAUGGUUUUAAGGAUACUUACGCAUACGCAAAGUCUCAUCAGAUGUCAACGAGUACAGGUACUCCUAGUUCACGAGGCAUCGAAGGGAAGUUUCUCCCGUGUCUUCGACCUGGAGGCUGGUGACGACACCGACCUGGGUACUCCUAGGACCUCACCUUACGAGAGUCGGUUUCCUAUUAACAUUGGCAUUACGGGAUAUGUCGCUACCACAGGCGAGACUGUGAACAUUCCGGAUGCCUAUUUAGAUCCCCGUUUUGAUCCGUCCGUCGACGAAGGCACCGGAUUUAAACACAACACAAUACUUUGCAUGGCCAUUAAGAAUUCCGAGGGGAGGAUUAUCGGAGUCAUUCAGUUAAUCAACAAAUUCGAUGAGCUCCUGUUUACGAAGAACGAUGAGAACUUCGUUGAAGCGUUCGCGAUAUUCUGCGGUAUGGGCAUACAUAACACGCAUAUGUACGAGAAGGCUAUCACCGCUAUGGCGAAGCAGAGUGUUACUUUAGAUGUACUAAGUUACCACGCAUCCGCAUCAUUAGACGACGCUCAACGGCUACGGACGUUGAGAAUACCUUCGUCUGCCCACUUCAGUCUUCAUGAGCUCGCCUUCGAUGACAUCGAGAUGACGGACGACGACACAUUGAGGGCGUGUCUCCGUAUGUUCCUAGACCUCGACUUUGUGGAGCGGUUUCACAUAGAUUACAGCGUCCUCUGCAGAUGGCUGUUGAGUGUGAAAAAGAAUUACCGCAAUGUAACGUACCACAAUUGGAGGCACGCGUUCAACGUCGCGCAGAUGAUGUUCGCUAUUUUAACGGAGACGCAGUGGUGGAAGAUAUUCGGGGAACUAGAGUGCCUGGCGCUCAUCAUCGGAUGUUUGUGCCACGACCUUGAUCAUCGGGGGACCAAUAAUUCGUUUCAGAUCAAGGCGUCGUCACCAUUGGCACAGUUGUACUCCACCUCCACUAUGGAGCAUCACCACUUCGACCAAUGUCUCAUGAUCCUCAACUCGCCUGGAAACCAGAUCCUGCUCAACUUAUCCUCGGAUGAUUACGAGAAAGUCGUCAAAGUGCUCGAAGAUGCUAUCCUGUCUACUGAUUUGGCUGUGUAUUUUAGUAAACGCAAGGCCUUUAUCGAGCUGGUAAGCACGGAGCGACAAGUGACUCCGAACUGGGGUGAAUGUGAAGACCGCCGCGGUCUCCUGCGAGCAAUGCUGAUGACCGCUUGCGAUCUCGCUGCGAUCACUAAACCUUGGCCCGUGGAACGACGAGUCGCUGCCCUUGUAGCUGGGGAAUUUUUCCGACAAGGAGAUUUGGAGAGACAGAACUUGAACUUGACACCUAUUGACAUAAUGAACAGAGAUAAAGAAGACGAACUCCCUGCUAUGCAAGUCAAAUUCAUCGAUACGAUCUGCCUGCCUAUUUACGAGGCAUUUGCAGUUCUAUCGCCGGCUUUACAGCCGAUGCUCGACAGAGUAAAGAGUAAUCGCGGCCACUGGAUAGACCUCUCCAACAACGACGGCGGGGAAAAGUUCGACUACGGACUUGAUAAGGAACCGGAGAGGAACGACAAAUCCAGCAUCAGCUCACAGAACGUUGAUGACACAGAGAACACGUAUGAGGGAGAUAGCAGUGGCGCUGUCAGCCUCUCUUCAGAAACAAACUCCAAAUAUGAAAACCUCGAGAACCCCGUCGUAGGACUUCUGUGCAACAACGUCCUCACCCUCCGAGACCCCAACAAGUUCUGUCCACUUAAUGACUAUUAAAAUCGCGCUAUAGACAAUGUGAUAAAGUGUACAGGCGGGCUGUUAGUGCUCCCACGUUUCAAAGGCCAAUAGCGAAGCCAAAUCGUCCAUUUAGGAUGUUAGAAUUAGAACUCUAAGUUUCUAAGCAUCUAGCACAACUAACAAAUAAAUUUCACAUCAUUUUAAAGUUAAUUCAUGAUUCGUUCGUAUUGCAUUUUAGUAUGAAUUUAUUUGUCAUUUUUGCAUGGUUGUCCAUUUGUUUAUAUCUCAUUUUCAUGAGUCUAUUGGUCCGCUUGGAAUGUUGGGCGAUUACGUGAAUAUAUAAUAUGCAGUUGACGCGAUUUUCAACCGACAGUUGUGUGAUAUUCGUUUAGUAAAUAGAUGAUUUAGUCGAAUUUGAAAUUUAUCUAAACGCAUGGCGUAAUUAUCGAUAAGUUGUCAUGCCCAUCGCCGCACUAUUUUUAUACACUUCAUUUUGUAGCUUUACAAUUUUAAGUACCUAUAAGAGGAAAUUUUACAAAUAGGUAUGUAAUGUUUUUAAUUUACCUCAUUCGUCUAUUCCUACUACGUAUUACAUGAAGUUGUUUCGUGUGUCGAUAGUUUUGGUAUCAUUUAAGAUACAUACAUAAUAAUAAUAAUAAUAUUACAGCUAAUGAAAUAUUCAAUUUCUCAUAGAAACAUAAAUAUUUCGACGUAUAAUUAAAAUACUCUAAUCCACGCUGACCGCAGUAAGUGUAACAAAACAGGGCCUAACUGUCGUGACGUAGUUGAUAUAUGACCAAAAUACCAAAAAGUUUUUGUGUAGAUGUUAUACUAAAAUCUAUAUUUGUUUUAUUAUUCGGAUAUAUCAUUAAUUCUUUCAUACUUUGUAUUUCAUAUGAAAUUUAAAUUAUUAUUAAAUUCUAUUAUUAAACCUCUGAUUAUGUGUGUGUGUGUGGGGAAUUAUGUAAUGCACUUGCGACAGUUUGUGUAAGUAAUGUCAAAUGAUAAUUCUACAGUAGCACAACGUAAUGUUUUGUAAAUAAUUAAUCAAUGUUAUAAAUACUGUAAUACUAACGUGUUGUAAUUUUGCUAAGUACUUAUUAUAAAUUCGGGUUUUCUCUAUUAAUUGUACCUACAUGGAUAAUUUUGUUUCUAACUGACUCAUUUAAUUGUAUACAGUAAUUCGAUGCACGUAAAAAUAGACUUUAUUUCAACGGGAUUAGAUAAUUAAAUCAAGUUGCUGAAUACGAUUUGUAAGUCGGGAUAUAUUAAUUUUAUCUGCUUAUAGGAACUGUGGCCUCGCAUUGAUUUUUCAAGACAGUUACGGCACCCUCUGAUCCAUUCCAAUUCUAUUUUCGAUUUUAAAAAUAGAUUUUUGCCUCCAUUUUGUUUGUGUUGUCCAGUAAGUUUUUAUAGAAAAAAAUGUCAAUUAUAAUCUACAUACAGAAUUUAUUGUUUAUGUCCUUUUUAUAAAUAUUUGUAAAAGUUCAGCUAACUUUAUUAGUUAUUUCGUUGAAUGAAGGCUACCGUUUUUUUCUCGCUAGAUGGCGUUACGUAAACUAAAAUCCUGUUUGUCCAAUGAAGAAAUACCUAACGUCAAACCAUUGGACAGUCUAUUUUUGACAAUAACAGUGAUAGGAUAUUACUAGAAUGUCACUAUUAGUGUCAUUCUAGUGAGCAAACAGUAACCUUCAUGCAAUGUUUUCGUAAGCACUAUAUUUAUAAAACGGACAUAUGCUUGUAGUUGUUCUUCUAGUCUUUUGCAAAAUUUGACUUUCAAAUCAUGUUUUAUGUUCGUUCGUUUUAAAUCUUUGAAUGUAUGAAAUUCAAAAUCGAUUUUGAUUGUAAAUGUCGUAUUCGUAGACAGCCGAAAGAAAACCAAUUUUUAAGAGGUAAAGGUGUCUAUAUUUUUUAUCUACUAGAUGGCACUACUAUAGCUAAAUGAAAUAAAGGAGGAACGAUGGGUAUGCUGUUUUGCAAUAUCUAUUUUAUAUAUUUUCUGCAUGUUCGAAACCUAUUAAGUUUGGAUAUUUUCUCUAAUUAUUCAAAAAAUUUAAAGUAUUUCAUCUCCGUUUUUCCCUACUUUUCUCUCAUAUUUAUCAUUCCAAGUUAUCCUUUUACUACGGCAGCGCCAUCUAGUGAAUGUAUGGUUACCUCUGCAAUAAAAUUGUAGGGAACACUUUUAUGUACGUAUCUGCCUAGCUGGAGUGAUAUGGUCUCAUUUAAUUAGGACACCAUGGUCAAACGACCAGUCGCCCAAACAUACUGUUUACAGAAAGACACCUUAAUGAACAAUAGGGCUCCUGGUUACCAAGAUUUGUUAUAUUAUUUGGGCAACCAAAUUGACAUUACGUGAAAUACCCUAUGAAUAACUGCAUUUUUUUGUUUGCGUGACCUGGUCAUAGUCCUAAUGAAAUAGGAUUCAUUUUAUUAUAGUCUAUUGAAGUACGACAUCUAUAAUUAUAAUAUUUAUUUACAAAGUUGUAAAACCUUUUAUUGUAACAAUGAAAUCGCUUUCAUCUCUAUACAAUGCUUCAAAAUUGGAAGCAAAACAAUUUCGACUUGUUACGUCACUAUUUCGAUCUUCUAUUAAUAUAAUUAUAAUAUUAUAUUAAAUAAAAAAAUAUGACCAAAUCCUCCAUGAAGAAAAUUGAAGAAAUAAAAAUAUAUUUUGUAAUUGGAAUAAUUCUCUCUAUAAGCAUUAGAUAUUUACAUGAAGAAAAUCUCAAAUUAAUUGUGGUUAUAAAACUAUGUACAACAUUAAUUUUAAGGUUACUGUAAGUAUUAUUAGAAAGUAAUUAGAAAAUUAAUAAUUGUAAUUCACUAAAUGACGAGUUGUAUGGUGUGUGAAUAAUUAUGGAGGUUGUUUUGUUCCAAACAAAAAUGUUAUUUAUUUAUGAUUAAACAAAUUUUGAAAUAA